AAACACAGCAAGAAUUUGGGUAAUUCUGUUUGGGGUUUGUUGGUCAAGGAGUCGGUUCAUCACAUCAAUCAGACUGAUUUGGGCCGAGCCCAACCGAACCCGUCGCCGGCGUCGUGGGUGGUUGCGCAGUGCAUACGCAGAGGGUUGAACCAUGAGACGAAACAACUCUCCCUCCGGCAACUACCGGAAUCCAUGUUUAACGAUGCACCAACCUUGGGCUUCUCUCCUCGUUUACGGGAUCAAGCGCGUCGAGGGCAGGUCUUGGCCCGCUCCCAUCACAGGUCGUCUUUGGAUUCAUGCUGCCAGUAAAGUUCCAGAUGAAUCCACAAUCAAAGCGAUGGAAUAUUUCUACAAGGAGAUAUACGCACUCAAUGGCGUCACUGAUAUCCAAUUUCCUCAACACUACCCUGUUUCUAGGCUUUUGGGGUGUGUUGAAGUGGUUGGGUGCUUAACACGUGAUGAGCUAGCAUGCUGGGAGAUGGUUCCUGAAGGGGUGAGGUUGGAAGCACAAACUGAUUAUUGCUGGCUAUGUGAACGCCCACAGAGAUUGUUGAUUCCAUUUGAGAUGCGAGGAUACCAAGGUGUUUAUAAUCUGGAACGGAAGAUCUAUGAAGCUGCAGUUAGAGGUCUGACUCCGGUGAAUAGUCCUUUGCCGGUGAAAUUUCCACUUCCGGAUCCACGGGAUCCAUUUUCCUUGAAGCCAGGUUGCAUCUCUGCGCUUACACCUAAUUUAAAAGCAACUGAAAUGGAUGGAUCAUCGAGUAUAAGUCAGGCCAUAGCUGGGGCACGGGUAGCAGCCACUCAGUUCUCAAAGAAGGAUCAGAAUUCGCAUGGUACUGCUCAGAACAGUAUGCCUGAUAGAAUGAAUGCUAAUCAUGAGGACACAGAAGUUGCAAGAUCUUAUAAUCUACGAUCACGAGGCAGUUCUAUGGAACAGGACAAUAUAUCAUCCACUGACUUAAAUAAGAAAUUUGAUGAUGGGACCUCCCCAUCAUAUCCUGAAGGGAAAAGAAGUAGUAAUAAGAGUGAAGGAAGCAGUAAGCAUGCUCGAUAUUCUGGUGCAGAAGCAGAUUUGAGACAGUAUCCUCAGCCACCAUCUAAGAUAUUUGCUGCGGCGUUAAAAAGCCUGAAACAAUGAUCGUGGAACAAGUCGGACAUCUUGGAGUCUGGAUGUGAAUUUGUAACAUAGUGAAUGAUGUGUAACUUUUAAGGCUUCAACAAAGCUUGGUAGUGGUUGGCUGGUUGCUCUCGUGAAAUUGUUUUGAUGCUAGAGUCUAAACUAUUAUAAUUGUGUAAUUUCUUGCUGUCUGAGUGAUAGAACUCAGGUUCAUGUACAAUAAAGUAUUUGAAGACUGAAGCCUGUGUAUAAUGAGGAAUCGGACUGCAUCCAAGCAUUCUGACUCAGCUGCAAGAUGUUAGCAAUGAAUCUUUGAUGGCAUCCAUCUAGAAUCCAUUUUGGCUGCUCCGGUAUCCAUCACUGCAGUAUUAUAGGACUCUUUUUUUUGUCAUUAAUAUAGGACUGUUCAAAAUUUUAAAUUUAACGAUUAAAUUGAUAAAAAAAAUAAUAUAUUAUUUUGUUAAGUUUGAAAUUU